CAUGGCCGUGGUGACUGUGCCCAUCCCUCCGCGGCGCCACCGCGGGCAACGGAAUCCCAAAAGCAGCUGUCCCCGCUGUGCCCAGCUGCCCUGGGGUUUCGUUACCCGCGCUCCCGCCACCGCCUCGCCCCACACGCCCCCGCCCCUGCCCACCGCCCUAUGCUGGGCAAGAGCCGCGUGUCCCACUCCAGCCGUCCUGGGGCUAGGGCAGCGCCUAGGGUCGCACUGGAAGAAGGGUGGUGGCAGGAUGGGCUCAGCGUGUUGACUCAGCCCCUGAACCGGCCUGGGGGCUCUUCUGUUUCUUGUGCCCCCAACAGCUAAAAAUAGCAGCUGGCUUCCUGGGAGAGUAUGGGGAGCAUGGCGGCUGUGCCACAGGGUGGAUGUGGUCCCCUGCACCACGAUGGUGCAGGCUGUGUAAUACUGCCAAACUUCCUGCUCAUGCCGGCUCUCCCUGGCCGCCCCAGCACCCCAGUGCCUGCCGGGGUGGGCAGGAUCCAACCCCUGGAGAGAGAUGGCUUUGGAAUGACACGAUCACUCCCGCUGAGCGGAAAGCCAGAGAGCCAUCGGGGAUGUCGUGUCUUUCCAAAGCUCUUUCGGCGCCUCCGAGAGCCCUCCCCAGGCCGCUGCGCGGCCAGGGCCCACGUGGGCAGCCUGCGGGGACGCUCUGGGGAUGUGGAGGAUCCAGCCUGGACCCACCUUGAAUGGCAAGGUCCAGCAAGCCCCCCCGGCCGGGCAGGGGUCCUGGGCAGCUCCUGCACUGCGGACAGUCAGCAGUUGGUCUGGUGUGAGCAGCGAUUCUCAGAUCACCUCUUGGCUGUGGGUGGUGCAGGGAGCACUCCACCAUGUUACGGCUGGGGGACAUGUUCUCACUCCUGCCCUGGGGCUGCAGAUUAUCACUGACUGUGGGCUGCAGCCUUGGGGCUCCAGGGUUGCCUGAGGAGCCCCAAAACGUGUUGUUGCAUUCCUGGAAGAGCCCAUGCUGCAGGAUCUACCCUCGCCCUGCUCCCCCCUCCCUUUUCUCCCAGGCAUACAAGCCCUGGAGGAACCGGUUUGGGCCCUGCGGGCAGAGCUCCCUCCUCCCCCCGCCACCCCCCUCGCUCGCCUCCACGGGGUGGGCAGGAAGGGCACAGUACAGAGGGAGGUCCCUAGCUCCCUGCUGUGGUGGGGUUGGGUGCUUCCUGCUCCCUACCAAUCAGGCUUGGUACCAUGGGGCUGCGGGUGUGCUGGGUCCUUGCCCUCUACCCAGUUCAGCAGCCACUGGCACACUUGUCUGGGAGCUGGCCAGCAGCGUGAGCCCAUCUGUGCUUAAACCAUCGCUGUGGAGCAGCUCAGCUCUGCAGAUGUAAUCACGACCACGAUGACGUGAUCUGAUCAUUUCCACUUCCUUCUUCCUGGGGCUGAUAAGCAGGACACUGCUCUUGUGCUGGAGAGGAGAGCAGCCCUCUGGGGCAGGCCUGGAGAACAUCACACCCACAGCUGCUCAUCGCUGUGCCCUGCAGAGCCCAUAUCAGGAGCACACGGGUGCUGCUGGUGUUCCUCAGCCAUUAUGUCACAGCCCAGCCAAGCCCUGGGGCUUGUGGAGAACAGGCUGGACUGGCCAGCCAGUGACACCGUACCCACAGCUGUGGUCUGCCUCACACACUGCUGCCCAUCCAAACCUCCCUUCCCACCACGGUUCAGGCUGCUGGACCUCCCAGGGACCCUUGUUGUCCCCAGCAACCCAAGGACCAGGUAGGCUGUGCUCUGGGGUGGACCAUGCCCACAGCUGUGCUGUACUCCCUGCCCUGGGCGGCCUGUUUCUGCCCAGACCGCGCUGACCCCGGCAUGGCCUCUGGCUGCUGCUUCCUGAGGUUUUUAGAUCUGGGCUCCCCAGUGCUGGAGAAGAGGGGACACCACUCCUGUGCAUCUCAGGAUGACACCAUGGCCCUGCUGGAGUGAGGCUGAGUGGGACUGAGACCUUCUUGGGCCAUUCGGGGUGCCUGGUUGCAGCCCCAUGGUCCUGACCUAACACACCCAUCAUGGCGGCACCCGCUGUCCGCCACUCCCACCAUGGUGUAUCCGCGCCCGUCCCCCCAAGAUGGCCGCCCUGCCCGGCCUCCCGCCCGCCACCAAGAUGGCCGCCCGGGAGCUCUGCGCGCAACAUGGCGGCUGUCGGGAGGGCGAGGCGGGACGUCACUUCCAGUGGCGGCGGCGGAAGCGGCGGCUGAGCUCCCAUGGAGAUGGGCGAGGGCCGCCCGGAGGUGGCGGCGACGCUGCGGGCUCUGAACGGGGCCCUGGGGCGGCCCGCCGCUCUCUGGGUGAAGGAGAGCGGUGCCCGUAACCUGCGUCACCGGGAUUUCCUGGCGCCGCGGGCCGCGCUGAACGCCGCCUUUCCCGGCGGGCAGGUUCCCCCCGAGGCCGUGUCGGCGGUGCCGUCGCUGCGGGGCCCGGCAGUGCUGCCGCUGCGGGUUUGCCGGCAGACGCCGGCGGGGCUGGCGGUGCAGGUGCGGCGCCCCGAGGCCUUCCAGCGCCUGCUGGGGCCUCUGCCCGGCCCGGCCCCCCCCGCCGCGGGGGCGCAGACGGGUUGCGUGGUGCUGCACUGCCCGGCCCUGCGCAGCUCCGCUGCCCUGCGGCCCCGCCACCUCCGCUCCGUCCUGCUGGCCGAUCACCUGGCCCAGCUGCUGCGCGCCCAGGGGGUCGGCGUCCGCCUGGUCCCUGCCCUCAGCGAGGAGAGAAGCUGGGACGUCCUGCGGCAGCUCCGCAUCUGCUGGCCCUCCGCCUCCGGUAGCUCGUCCCUCACUGACGCCGUCUCAGCCUUGAAGGCAGCGCUGGGCCGGUGCCCUUGUGCCUCAGCCUGUGAUCGGGGGCCGGGCACAGCCGAGGGUGUCAUCUGUAAGGUGCACCUGAAGAGCUUCGUGGAGCAGCAGGGCUUGUUGGGUUACGACCCCAAUCUAGAUGUGCUGCUCGUGACAGAGGGGACACUGCAGUCCUUGGCUGAGCUGCAGGAAGCUGUGCUGCAGUGCCCAGCCAAAGGCCAGAGCAGUUGUUGCAGCAUUGUGCAUGUGGUGAACUGUGAGGAGGAAUUCCAGCAGCAGCAGCUGGAUGUGCUCUGGAGGAUUUUGGAUCCAGGAGCUCACACAGCUUUGCAGAAACACCUUGUCUGUGGGCCAGUGAAGGUGACCAACCCCUCAUCGCCCAUUGGGGCAGACCAGUACUUCCAGCUCCGAAAGCGCCAGAUGCAUGAAGCCUCUGUGAUAAAGUAUGGGGAGCUUGCACAAGAUAAGGCCUGGACAGAGGUGAUUGAUACCCUGACAGUGGCUGCCAUCAGGUUUGAGAUGCUGAGCACUGCUCACCGAAGUCAGAUCACCCUGGACCUGGAGAACAGCAGCAUCUCCACAAAGGGAACAAAGAGCGGUGCCUUUGUGAUGUACAACUGUGCCCGACUGGCCACGCUCUUCAACACCUUCCAGCAGGCUGUGGAGCGGGGCACAUACCCACCUCUGCCACCAGCAUCUGAACUGAAUUUCUCCUGCCUCCGAGAAGAGGGAGAAUGGCUCCUGCUCUUCAACUAUCUCCUGCCCUUCCCUGAAGUCCUGCAGCAGGCAGCACAGCUGCCUCCACCUUCCAAGGGGAUCCGGAUUACUGCCAACACAGAAACAGUGUGCAAGUUCCUGAUCCAGCUCAGCAUGGAUUUCAGCUCUUAUUACAACCGGGUGCACAUCCUGGGGGAGCCGUUCCCUCAUCUCUUUGACCAGAUGUUUGCCCGCCUCCAGCUGCUGGGAGCAGUCAGGGAUGUGUUCCACAGCGCAUUGGCAACCCUGCACCUUCCUCCUCUCAACCAGAUCUGAGACAUCCCUGAAGUGCUGUACCAUGCUGUGACAGUCACCUACACACCACAUGUGGGGGGAGAACGAGGCACGUUCUCCUGGCAGGGCAAGGGGCUGCCCCAGUGGCAGGCAAGGCCAAAUUCAGCCCCACACAGGCCCUUUCCUUUCCAUGGCCCAUGGUCUUUGGGGUUAGGUCUGUGCUCUCGGCAGCUGUGUCCAGUGUGGGACAUGGAUAUGCCUCUCCACAUCCACACCAGCAGAAAAGGGCUCCUGUGGCACCCUAGGAGCUGCGCUGGGAGUACUGGGGAGGUGGCACUAGGGACCAGAUGCCACAAAGCCAGACAGACACCAACUUCACUUCCUUCAAAACUUUAUUGAAGGGUGCUCCGUGCUGGCAGGGUGCUCCGUGCUGGCAGGGAGCUCCUGAGGCUCCAGGCCCCUACUGGGCUCUGAGCCAGGCCCCAGCACUGGGGUCCAAUACACUUGUUGCUGGACAAACA